AGAAGAUUGGUCCUUCCUAUAUUAACGAUCACUAAAUAACAAGUGAAUAACAGAUGAUUCCUUGUUUUAAAUGGGCAAUAUUUUUUUUGUAACGAGAAAUCAUUAUCAGCUAACACAGGAAUUGUGUGGUAGUAGAUUACAUUAGAAAUUCAGAGGUCGAAAUAAAUAUGAGUUGCAAAAUGCAAUGCAAUUUGGCAAUAAUACGUUUAUCACUGGCCAAUUGAAUUGAAUUGACCUCAAGGUUUGUGAUUUUGUUGUACAUACGUGUGACGUGACUUGAGGAUGGAAUUUUGCUGAUCGAAUUCGAGGAGCAAGACAAGACCGGUGUUAUCAGCUCUCUCGGGGCGUUUAAAUAAAAGAGGCGAAAGUAGGAUUCGGGUAUUUGUCGGAUCUGUGAAAAACAGCAGCGUCGGCAUUUAGCCAUCAAGCAAGGUUUGCAGAAAUAAUAUUGAAACAAAAUGAAUCCUCCCACUGUGAAACAGACGGCUAUUCUGGUCGCCACGCUUUUGGGCUUAUGCACCCUUGUCUUUGCAGCAGUUGAUGUGGAUGCAGAAAUCAACAGAUUGCAGACUCAGUUUAAGAAUAUGAAACCUCCUCCAGAACUGAUCGGAAACCUGCUGCAACAAAUCCAAUCCCAUUGCAAGAACCAGCGGAAAAUCGAUCAGGCAUCUUUGAACAAUGCAAGCAAAUGCGUGGAACAAUACAUGAAUGAAACUCAACUCAUUGAUGAUGUGAAGAAAGCCGUUCCGGAUGGAAAAUUGGACGACGUUUUUCGUGGAAUGUGCUUGAAAUGGCCGAAGAUCAGGGGAUGUCUCAAGGAGUUCUUUGUCAUUAUUGAGGACUGCUGGCAAAAGGGGGACAAAGUUACCAAGAUUGUGGAUGAAUCUGUGAAAUUCUUCUGUGGAGAUGACAAUGAUGGUGGUCGAAUUGCUCUGUUUUUGGCAGAAGGUGGAUUUGAAUGUCUCGAGAAACAUGGCGACGGCGUCAAGAAAUGUAUGGCGGACAUUAAUGAAUUUGAAGACAUCCCAGAAGACCCAUCCCAAAUCAAGAUUCCCGACCCCAAUAAUUUGGCCGUUACAACGGAUGAGAUAUGCGAGAAAAUGGAAGAGUUGGCAACUUGUACAGGGAAGGAGCUGAAGAAAUGCAGAGAUACAACUCCAGAGAAUCUCGUGACCAGCAUGCUUCACUUUUCUUCUGGCCAGAUCGGCUGUAACAUCAAGCCAGUACAAACUUCAAACCAACGUGCGGGGUCUGUGUCUGCAUCAGGGUCGGGAUCUUUCUCUUCAGAAAUUAAUACUUUGGUCGGCUGGAUAGUGACAUCGGCGGUGGUGGCUGGCGUUGUGCUGUAGUGAGUAGGACCACCAGCACCACACAACAAUAUUGACCACCAUUCAGUUAAUCAAUUACUUUUCUUGAGCUUAACUUUUUACUGGUAUUGAUUGACCAAGCAUAAAAUAUUUAAGGUUUUUAAUUAUUCUUAUAUGCAUUUAGAGCUUUUGUUUCAUUUUCAUAUGGAUAUUAAUCCAUUCCAUUAUGAUUUUAGAGGUAAUUAUAGAUUUGAGUUACUUUUGAUUUUUUCGGUCCUGAUUUAUUAUUCAACUCAGUCCUAAUUCAGAGAUCGCUAAUACAGAUUAAUCAUAGUUAACAUCAGGUAUUAAUUUUAAUGAAAAAGUACACAAAUUUGCCAUAACAUGUACUGAAUUUUAGUUUUAUAAAUCACCAAACAAAUCGUGUCGUUUUCCGGUGCUUUGAAUUUUACAACAUUCCAAUUCCUUCCACAUUAACCAAAAAUUUUUAACAAUCUGACCUGUUAGGAAAUUCGCGUGUGUUUCAAAAAUGUAAUAUUUAAUUUUUAAAUGUGUAUGUACAUGGUACAAGCUUCGCAUCACAAAUCAAUCAACAUCAACUAAUAAUAAAAGCUCUGUGCCUUGUUGCAUAUUGCUUAAGGGCCAGAAAAUUAACAAGAAUGACUAAAAACAAUUCAAGAUUAAUUGGUUUAAUAAUCUCCAGGAAUAAAAAAAAUCUGCUACUUAACGUAACUUUAACCGGUAUCCUCAAUGUAUAAAUAAAUGGCCAGUCUUAGAAUUUUAUUAGUUAUCUAAAGUAACUAGUCAGUCAUCUCGUACAUAUGCAUUAAUUCGAGUGUAAAAAUAAAUGUAUGCGAAUCUUUAUUCUAUUUGUAUACGGUAUUAAUAAACUGAUCUGCUUUAAUUAAAGUAA